AUGACAUAUCACUAUGCGCAAUAUCUCAACCAGGUUUCUGCAGCGGGCAAGAAGAAAUACCCAGUAUCGCUGUAUAUUAGCGUCUGGCAGAAGUAUGUGAGCAAAGACAGCGAUGACGACAUCCUCAUCGUCGCCGGUGGUGGUGGCUAUCCAAGCGCUUACCCGUCGGGAGGUGCCACCGUCACAGUACUCGACGUUUGGCAGCGCUUUGCUCCAUCUUUGGACUUCAUUGCACCCGAUAUUUGGCAUACCCGGCCCAGUACCGGCAUGGUCAUCCAUCUUGGCAGACCAAAAUUCCUGUUGAUCGGAUGGGACUUUCAGGCCCGUGCUCGCUCGCUUUCACCUACGAGCAGCUUCACCGGCUUUUCGCAAUUUGAGAAACUAGGCGUGAACAAAGAGAUAGGGGAGCUGUGCACGCUGCGGACUUUGGACGGCGACGAAACCCGGAGCAGGAUCUUGCUAUGA